AUGGCAUUCCUGCUUAAUCAAUUUAGGAUAAAGGAUCUUGGUAAAUUACACUACUUCUUGGGGCAAGAGAUGUUGUACAAGUCGGAUGGAGUACUGAUUUGUCAGAGAAAAUUCACUAUGGACAUACUAAAGGAGUAUGAUUGCUUUGCAUACUCUACUGCACCUAGGGAACCUCAUCUAAAGGCUGCUAUACAUGUUCUUAGAUACUUAAAGAAAGAUCUUACUUUGGGAAUAUUUCUGUCCAAUGAUCCCAGCUAUGCUAUCAGUGCAUAUUGUGGCUCGGAUUGGGCUGCUUGCCCUGAUUCUAGGAAAUCUGUGAGUGGGUACAUUGUGCUGCUUGGGGACAUCCCUAUUAGUUGGAAGUCAAAGAAACAAACCAUUGUCUCAUUGUCUUCUACAGAAGCAGAGUAUGGGCCAAUCAGGAAAGUUGUUGGUGAAUUGAUAUGGAUAAAGAGAUUGCUAGAAGAACUCAUAGUUAUGUGCACCAAUCCCAUACCUGUGUUUUGCUACAGUUAA